AUGAGCACAAUUGAGCUGAAAAUCGACAAACAAUUUUUGACCGCGCAAAAAUUUCCCUAUUUUUCGAAACCCCAAAUAAUUGGCGAGUAUUUUGUGAACAAAGAUAGGUGAGCUUAUGAAAUAUUUUGCCACGUGGCAAAAUUUGAAAAAUUCAUGAUUUUCUGAUGGAAAAGUUGGAAAUUUCAAGGUUUUUAACCUGAAAUUUGAAUUUUUGAGUUUAAUAUGAGCAAUGCUUGGAUUUUCUGAAGAAAUUCUGAAUUUUUGAGUUUAAUAUGAGCAAUUUUUUCUGAAAAAUUUCAAAAUUCAAAUUUUCAUCUCGCAGAUCAAUUCAAAUCGGUCGAAUGGCGGCAAAAAAUCUCAACGACACUCCGCUGCGGAAUCCGCGCGGCACUUCCGCGCCCAAUUUCGAUCUCGACGCCGGCUAUUCCGCAUUCGACCCCAAAGACCCGGGUGAACGUCUCGAAAUCCUCCAAAAAUGGUGUGAAAAAAUGGCGCCGGCAGGCGGAAGGUUGCGGAAACUUCUCCACGGUGCCGAGUUUUUCACGUGGCGCGGAUUGCUCACCAAAAUCGGUGCCGCCGUCUACGCGGGAAGCGGUGACACGUGGCGUUUCCGCGCGUUCCGCAUUCAUGGCGUCGUUUUUAUGUGCGAAGAGGAGACGGAGGACAAGACGCGGAAAAUGGAGGCGCAGACGGACAGGGAAAAACAUAUGACGUAUUGGGGACACAAAUUUGAGCAGUAUAUGACGUUGGAUGAUGGAAUGGUGAGCGAAAACUACGACGCUCCGCGUUUACGCGGUGAUUUUUGAGUGAUUUUGAUGGAAACUACGAUGCUCCGCUUUUACGCUCACAUUUUCCAGGACCUUCCCGAUACAACUCAACCAGUUUCAACACGCGAAGAAUUCGCCACCGUCAUCCGAACCACCCUGGAAAGUUCUCAACCCAAUCGUCGUCAACCUCUCGAACUCUUCUACUCAGCCGAAAUCGAUUGUUUGGAUCGAGAUGGCAAAUAUGUGGAACUCAAAACCAACAAAGGCGAUUUACGUGGAUGGUUUUGGACGGCGGGUGCAAAAAGUUUGAAGUGGUGGUUGCAGAGUUUUCUGGUGGCUAUCGAUUAUUUAGUGGUCGGACAUCGAGAUGAUCGGGGAAUUGUGACGAGGGUGAGUAGCUAGAAAAACAAACUACGAUACUCCGCUUUUACACAAGAAAUCUCAAUUCGCAGGUCUCCUCAAUCCAAACCGCCCAACUCCAAAAACAAUCACAAUGGUACGGUGGAGCCGCAAUUCGACUGAUCUCUCAAGUUCUCACACAACUCUCCGAUUUUUUGCCCAACGAAAAUCAGGCGUGUGUUGUGGAAUUUGGUGGUGGAACUGGUGAAAAUACGAUUCGAUUCUCGAGAUGUUCGGAAGAUUUGUGUGAUUUUGUACCUGAAGAGUUUAGAACAAAGUUUUGGUGA